GCGCGGGACAUAUUACAGUGACAGUGUGUCGAGUAAGGAGUAACUUGUACAAAAUAUGAUUAUUAUGUGAUACGAUUACUACGAUUACUGCGCCGUCGAAGCCCGCGAAAUAUAAUAUUAUUAUUGUGUAUUAUGCAUAAUAAUUUACCAAUUACUACAGACGUCUGAUGUGGCUUUGGCCUCCAGAAAUCGUUUGAAAUCGAUCGUAAACCGCAGUAUCAAAAUUUUAUCGAUUCGCGUACCUAUAUCAUAAUUGAUAAUAUUAUGUGUAUUUUUCAUUGUCGUGGACUCGUGGAUGGCAGUAAUAAAUUAUUAUGAAAAUAAUAAUAUAGAUUCGUGAUUAUAUUACCACCACCGAUUCAUAUGUAAGUUAAAUUCUUUUUCGCUUACAACGCCGUCGAUUAACGUACCUACAUCAGCACGUAUAACACACGCCGUUAUCGUCACUGCACUGUUCAGAGGCCAGAGUGUUCAUACAACAGUCACAUUUUGCUGACCAAAAACAUUCAUCCAAAAUGAGGCUGAUUAGCUAUAGACUAGCCAAAAACCUGGAGAAAAUGGUCGAUUUCUACUCGCAAUUCAAUCCAUCAUCAUUAUCCAUUAAACAGUUUAUUGACUUCGGCUUAAAGGCAAAUGAACAAAAAUCAUAUCAAUUUUUAAAGAAAGAACUUCCGGUCCGUUUGGCAAAUAUUAUGAAAGAAAUUCACUUGCUACCAGAUAAUCUGUUGAAAAUGCCAUCUGUAAAUUUAGUGAAUAACUGGUACACACAAUCUUUCAAUGAAAUGAUAGAAUUUGAAGUUGAUGAUGGAUGUACAGAACAAACUUUGGAUAAAUUUUGUAAAAUAUUAGUAAAAAUUCGUAAUCGUCAUUCAGAUGUUGUCCAAACAAUGGCACAAGGGGUCUUAGAGCUGAAAGAUUCACAUGAAAUCGAUUUGCAUACUGAAAACAGUAUUCAGUAUUUUCUUGACCGUUUUUAUAUGUCUCGAAUUGGUAUUCGUAUGCUUAUUAACCAGCAUACAUUGUUAUUUGGUGAUCAUAUAAACAGCAAUAACCAUCAUCAACAUAUUGGAUGUAUUGAUCCAUGUUGCGAUGUGAUAAGUGUUGUGAAAGAUGCAUACGAGAAUGCUAGAUUUUUAUGUGACCAAUAUUAUUUGACCUCACCCGAAUUAGAAAUCUGUAAAAGUAUUGAUGCUGAUGAUGAGCCAAUAAAAAUUGUUUAUGUGCCAUCACAUUUGUAUCAUAUUCUCUUUGAAUUAUUCAAAAAUUCAAUGAGAGCUAUUGUUGAGCAUCAUAAGACUGAUAUUUUGCCACCAUUGCAAGUAACAAUCGUAAAAGGAAAAGAAGAUGUCUGUGUUAAAGUGUCUGACCAAGGUGGUGGUAUUCCUAGGAGUUUGAGUGAACGUAUGUUUCACUACAUGUAUUCAACCGCACCACAACCUUCAAAAUCAGAUGCACAUACAGUGCCAUUAGCAGGGUAUGGUUAUGGACUUCCUAUAUCUAGACUGUAUGCAAGAUAUUUGCACGGAGAUUUAGUUGUAUUAUCUUGUGAUGGAUUUGGAACUGAAGCCAUUAUUUAUUUGAAAGCUUUAUCAAAUGAAGCAAAUGAGUUGUUGCCAAUUUAUAAUAAGAUGUCAACCAGGUUCUAUAAAACAACUGAUCAUACUAUAGACUGGAGAAGUACAUGCAAUCACACACCGAUCAGUCAGCAGCAAUUUACACAAACACAAUAAGUACAAACUGACCAUUUGGAGCUGCUUAGUCGCCAUUUAUAUUACAAAUAAUACAAUAAUGGAAUUUUUUUUUUAAUUUAUUUUAGUUAUUAAUUUUUUAGACAUUAGAAAUUUUUCAUAAUUGGUAAAAAAAGGAAUGUUUUUUGGACAUAAUUCCUUUAUUCUCAUUAUAUUUUUGUAUUAGCUCAUUUAGUAUGUAUAUUAUUGAGAGACUCAAUUUUCAAGGAUAUGGAAAAUUUGAAUUAAUUAUAUAAAUAGAACUUUUUAGUAAUAUUAUUUUUAUUAAUUUUGCAAUUUAUGAAUGCAUUCUGAUUGUCUGUUAAAAAUAUUAAGGUGGCAUACACAAUAAUUUUAUGAUUGUAAUAAAAACAUUGUUAAAAAAUUAAGCUCAUGGUCAUUAGAAAGUAAUAACAAAAACACACUGAGAGUUAUUUGACUUCCAUAGAUAUAAUAUAUUAAAACAUGUGUUCUAGUUUUCUGUUUUAAAUCAUACAUAUUUAUGUAAUUUGUUAUUUACAACAAUCAAAUUAAUCCGUUCUUUUAUACUUUUACACUAACCUUAUUUUAAUUUUUAAAAAGUUUUUUAUUUUUAUCUUUAUCAUAUUAUGUUGGCUAUUUUGAUUUCUAUAAAUGUCAUAGAAUUUUCUCAUUGUAUACCUCAGUUUAUUUCUUUAUAAACAACCUUAACUUUUUUUUGUAAUUUAUUGUAUGAUAUGCAUUCAAUCAAUUUAUAGCUAAAAUUGAAGUAGUUAAAUAAUUUUAAAUUACAGAAAAUAAAAACAGAAAUUUCCACAACAACCUAGUAAUGGUUGGAAUUUUGUAAUUAUCUAUUCUUAUGAUAUCAUGUUCAUGCUGUACAUUAUGUAUGCAAUGAAAAAUUGUUAUUCAAUAAAAUAUACUAGGUAUUUGAUUUUUAUAAAUAAAUACCCUGAUCAUGAAUUUAAUUUUAAUUGUUAUUUUUAUUUUUUUUUUUUUUUUUGUCAAAGUAUACAAUCAAAUUAUUAAUGUUGUUUAAGAAAAUUGCCAAAGUUAUCCUUAUUCUAACUAGUUACUAUGAUUAUCUUCAUUUAUUAUUAAAAUUAGUCUCACUAAAUCAUAUUUACACUUGGUAUUUAUUUGUAUUGUACUUUUCAUGGAUGAGACUAAUAAUGCAAUUAGGUAUGCAGUAUAAUAUGUUAUUAUAAUAAUAAUAUUGAAUUAUGUUAAAAUAUAACUAUUUUAUAACAGUUAUAACUGUUUAGAAAAAUAUUUUAAAUUAUUUUAUUUGACUGCAUUUAGUUGAUCAUAAUUUGGUUUAUAUAUCACAUAUACUUUUAAAUGAUUUGGUUCUAUUUGUGUGAAAAAUAAUAUUUUUAAAUGUAUAAUGAAAUUUAGUGUUUGAUACUGUUUUGUAAGAAAACCAUAAAAGAAAAGAUAAAUGAUAAAAAUAUUGUAUAACGAACCUAAGCAAGUGAUAUGAAUAAAUUAUAGUAAAAAUCCCACCGUUUUAUUGUAAAAAAAACUUGGUGUUUCUAUAUCAUAAUAUAAAAAUAUCAACAAACUUAA